AUGUUUCCCCACGGGGAUUCUGGGUGGCGGCCGGGGCUAACGCUCCGUAACCAGGACGGAUCCCGUCUGCAGACGUCGCUGACCCAGCAAACCUACUAUCGAUACUAUCUACACCCCCGCCCUGGGCAGACUACAAAUCCGUUCCGCUUCUACAGGCUGUUUCAGCAGUACGUUGUGGAUAUCUGGGCUAUCUGCGACCAGGCCCGGCUGGCCUGGAUCCGAGCAAACCAGGCACAGCUGCGGGCAGACCUGUAUAGCGGUGUUGCUGAUGCCGUUAUGGGCAACAACGACGCCCAGGCAGGCCCUGUUGGACGCCGCGUUGUCCUGCCGUCGUCCUAUCUAGGCAGCUCACGAUUUGUCAGCCAGUGCUAUCAGGACUCUAUGGCUAUCGUCCGUCGAUAUGGCCGCCCUACCCUGUUUAUCACUUUUACAGCUAGCCCAUACUGGCCAGAGGUUGCCCGUGAGCUCCGCCCUGGGGAGACAGGCCUGAAUCGGCCUGAUCUAAUCUGCUGGGCCUUCCAUCUGAAGGUGCAGAAGCUAGUAGCCGAUGUGAAGAGCAACCUGUUCGGCACCCAUCUGGGCCACGUGUACACAAUUGAGUACCAGAAACGGGGCCUGCCCCAUAUACACCUGCUGCUGUUCCUGACCCCACACGACCGCGAGGCGUUCACGGAUCCUGUAACAAUUGAUAGCACUAUCCGGGCUGAGAUCCCUUCCCCUGUGGAUGACCCAGACGGCCUGCUUACAGAGGUUGUACGGACCUUCAUGCUUCACGGGCCAUGUGGGGAGCACAAUCUGCAGGCCCCGUGUAUGGUGCCUCAGCGCGACAGCGCCCCGCCGCGGUGCUCUAAGAACUUUCCUAAGCGUUACUGCCCAUCUACAGUGGUCCAUGAGGACGGGUACCCUGAGUAUCAGCGCCGGGAUGAUGGCCGCACGCUUGCUGUACGGUGUAAGGGCCGUAUUGUACACCUUAAUAACAGCUGGGUUGUCCCGUAUAACCCUGGUCUGCUCCAGUUAUCAGCCUGCCUGGAGCGAUCUGUAACUACGCUUACGGCGUUCUUCCAGCGCAACGCUGACCAUGAGUAUGGCCGUGAAGUCCUAUAUCAGGACUAUCCAUCCCAGUUUGUUUGGCACCUCCCGUCACGGACCUGGCACGUGCGUCAGCGCGGCACUGCGAUUGGCCGCAUGUACUUUUGCAGCCCGCUACAGGGUGAACGGUUCUAUCUACGGCUUCUCUUGACUACCGUACGGGGUCCACAGUCCUACGCGGACCUGCGUACCUUUAGCGGCACAGAGUAUCCUACUUUCCAGGCCGCCGCAGCUGCCCGCGGGUUACUGCUACACGAUAGAGACUGGGUAGCCUGCUUCCAGGACGCCGUUACGUUUGCCACAGGCCAGGCGUUACGGUACUUCUUCGUUGCUGCUCUCUUAAAUGGGCCUGUUACAGAUCCAGCUGCUAUCUGGGCAGCCUUCCAGGCGGAUUUGUGUGACGACUUACCUGAGGCUGCUGCUGCCCUGCUAGUAUCCGCAGAUCCAGACGCGUACCUUGACUACGGCCUGUAUCUGAUAGAAGGGCUGCUGGCAGAGUCUGGCAAACGUCUUACGGAUUUCUCACUCCCUGCGUGCCAGUUCAACUGGGGAGUACGGCUGCAGAAUCAGCUUCUUGCCGCUGAGCUGGCCUACGAUACAGACGGGCAGGACACUGCCUUCUGGGACACUGUUACAGGGCUGAAUAUGGACCAGCGCGCCGUAUUUGAUGCCGUUACUGCCGCUAUUGAGGCUGACCACAGCACUGCCCACUUCUUCGUACAGGGCCCAGCAGGCACAGGCAAGACGUUCCUCUGGCGCUGUAUAUGUGCCUACUAUCGCUCUACAGGCCGGGUGGUCCUGUGCGUUGCGUCGUCGGGUAUAGCUGCUGUCCUGCUGCCCGGCGGCCGCACUGCCCACUCCCGUUUCCGGAUCCCGUUGGAUAUCCACGACGAUUCCAUCUGCCCUGUUGCUCCAGGCUCGGAGCUUGGGCGGCUGCUGCAGGCCGCUACUCUAGUUAUCUGGGACGAGGUGCCUAUGCAGCACCGUUACUGCUUCGAGGCAGUCCACCGUAUGCUGCAGGACGUCCGUAGCUCCCCUGCCCUGUUUGGCGGCCUCCCUGUAAUUGCCAGCGGCGAUUUUGCCCAGAUCCUACCCGUCGUCCGCCGGGGCCAGCGGCCUGCCAUCGUCAACGCCUGCCUGCAGCAGUCUACGCUCAUAUGGCCGCACAUGACCGUACUGCACCUGCGUCAGAAUAUGCGGGUGCUAUCUGGGGCUGACAACACCUGUUUUGCAGCCUGGUGCCGGGGACUGGCUACCCGUGAGAUGGAUGGCCUGAUCUCCAUCCCAGACUGGAUGACCGUCUACUACAGCCUACAGGGCUUCCUGGAUCACGUCUAUCCGCCGCACCUCCUCCAGCAGGCUGCUGCGGACUAUCAGGUCCUCAACGGCCGUGCUAUACUGGCCGUACGGAACGACGCAGUGGCUGUAAUCAACGCCGCAAUGCUUGCUGCCUUCCCUGGUGAGCUAGUAGAGCUGGUUGCAGUGGACUCUGCUGAGGUUGAGGACAAUACAACACAGGAUCUGCCUCCCGUAGAGCUGCUGCAGUCCUUUGAGCCCCCGUCACUGCCCCCGUCACGCCUUCUGCUCAAGGUAGGCGUACCAAUAAUGCUUCUACGGAACCUGUACCCAAGCCAGGGGCUCUGCAACGGUACCCGUUUAGCGGUUACACAGAUAUCCUCCCGCUGUAUCCAGGCCCGCAUCCUAUCUGGCGAGUUUGCAGGCCAGCUCCGCCUGCUGCCACGUAUCAGGCUCACUUCAACCAGUAGAGAGCUCCCGUUUAUCGUCAGCCGGGUCCAGUUUCCAGUUCGCCUCUCCUUUGCAAUCACUGUAAACAAGUCACAGGGCCAGUCACUCUCUGUUGUAGGCGUUGAUCUGCGUCACGCUGUGUUUACACAUGGCCAGCUAUACGUAGCUAUGUCCCGUGUAACUACACUUGCAGGCCUGUCAAUCCUGCUGCCAGCACCUGAUACUAGCGAUGAGCCAUCCCGUACGGUCCCUAAUAUCGUAUACCCAGAGGUGCUCCUGUAG